GUACAAUAUAUCUUUUAACGAUACUUUUUACAACUAAUAAUAAAAAUAAAAAUAAAUCAAUUACUAAAAAAAGUCCACUUCUUAUGAAUCAGGCUUAAUUGUUUCAUUGAAAUAUUAUACUUAGGUACGAAUUGUAUAAUAUUGGUUUUCAUUUAUUUUUGAAGCUUUAAUGGGAAAUACCAUACAUUAGACAGUGCGCCACUUCUUUUCGACGCCUUUCUGCAAGAUCAUAUGCCAUGCCGAGCCCCAAUUCGUCCUCUGCGGGUAAUCCACGUAGCGUACUAGAUCGCCAAACGCAAGAGAAUGCGACAGAUCUUCCCUCAUUUUAUUCCCCGCGGUCGCGGCCGCUUCGGGAAGACGACGGAAUCGCUACCUCGCUUAGAUUAGAUCGUGACGAGUUAUGUCUCUCGUCUAUAACACCCCAAUCCAUUUCCAAUUCGGCUUUAACCUCGACCGACGAUGUUAACCUACCGCCGCCGCCGCCUUCGCUCCUUUCUCCCGCCUUUACACCCCCCGUGACUCCCGGUACCACGACACCUACGCUCCUAGCCGAAGGACAGCCUCGCGGUGUCCCCGUCGAUUCUUCUAUUCCGUCUGGAGGGUGCGGUAUUAAGCGACCAAAGCUCCUCGAUACGCUGCCUGAGGUUCAAUGCAUCGUGCGCGCUCGUAUCCCGACGGUCUCUGGAACGGAGAUGUUUCUGCAUCUGUACACUAAUAAUGUCGAUAACAAGGAGCAUCUCGCGAUAGUUUUUGGCCCGCAUAUCCGAAGUAAAUCCCUGGAUGCGCCGAGGGAUGGAGAGACUGAGAUGGACCGCAUGGUGAGGGGCGCAUAUACCGGUCGUCUUUAUCCGGGCAGGACGAAAAGCGGGAUGGUGGGAGCCUCAUCUUCUACUGCGGGUGACCCAGUAGAGGAGAUCCCAGCCCCUAGUGGGCCGCCGCUUGUUCGGAUACAUUCAGAAUGCUAUACUGGGGAGACAGCGUGGUCCGCACGUUGUGAUUGCGGCGAGCAACUAGACGAGGCGGCGCGACUUAUGUCGCUACCCACUGCCGUGAACGGCGGCAUUAUCAUCUACUUACGACAAGAGGGGCGCGGAAUUGGCUUAGGCGAGAAGUUGAAGGCGUAUAACCUACAAGACCUAGGAUCCGACACAGUAGAGGCAAAUCUGUUACUACGGCAUCCGGCAGAUGCGCGAAGCUACGGGUUGGCGACAGCAAUGCUCCUCGAUCUGGGACAGAAGGAAAUACGGUUGUUGACCAACAACCCGGACAAGAUUAGAGCUGUCGAAGGUCCGAAUAGGGAAAUCAGAGUAACGGAGCGCGUUGCGAUGGUGCCUCUAAGUUGGAAGGGUAAAGGGGGAUUCAGGAGUCGAGAGGUAGAGGGCUAUCUAAAGACCAAGAUCGAGAAGAUGGGACAUAUGUUGGAUAUGGGCGGCCUAUAGCCUUGAUGUGAUAUGGAUAAUGUACAUACCUAUAUAUCAUAUAUACGCUCUAGCUCAGUCUUGUAAAUGAAAAAGAAGGUCAUAAAAACAGGACCGUACCUACACGGACUGGACAACCAGACAUGUAAAGAUUACCUCUUACCUCCUCUACGGGCUGUAGGCUGUGGAGAGCAACGGAUAGGUAAGGUAAUAAGAUAAUAGGUCUUAUCGGACGGUACAUUAGGUACUUGCAUAUGACCAUGUACCCCACGAUCCCUGUCACCUUAGCUUCAAAAGCUUAGACCCUUAAAAACGAUUUUCUAGUGGUACCAAGGUACAGGGUACCUAGGAGGUAGGUAAGAGCUCCCGUCUCGCAAACGCG